AUGAUUUCCGAUAAAUCAACUUGUGUGGCUUCUACGAGUGAAACAUUUGAUAAUAAGAAGGUAAGCAAAAUUAUUUCAAACGACAAUAAUAACAAUAAUCAAAAAUAUACACGAUUGAUAAACGACAAAGUCACUAAUAAACAGACCAUCUCUUUACACGUAUUAUCGUAUGAUAAUUCAAAAUAUAAUAAAGAACAAAGAGUAUUUUUAAAUAAUACUGAGAAUUCAACAGCAAUUAAUAAUAAUAAUAAUAAUAAUAAUACUAAUCAUAAAAUAUUAGCAUAUACAACUAAUGAAUAUACACAAUCAUCAUUUAUUAGUGAAGAACUACCAUUAUCAGCCACAGGAUAUCAGGUGUCAAAAAAUGCGUUAGAUAUUUAUAAUAAUAAUCGAACAUCAACAAGUCCAUAUUCACAACCGUUAAAAUAUAUUCAAAUUAAAAAUUCAUUUAUUGUUUAUUCCGCAUUGCUCAGUGAUUUAUUACAAACAUUCACACCUAUUAAUAGUAAAUCUUCAUUUUAUUAUCCACAACAAGAAAACAAUUUAAAAAAUAUUGAAGAAGAAAAUUUAACUAUUACAUUUAAUAAAAACGUACAAAUUAAUAAUAUGCCAUUAGCCAUUAAUUACAAAGAUGAUGUAUCAUUAUUAGAACCAGAAAUAACGGAUCAAACAAUCAAUGAUAACGACAAAAAUGGAAUAUCUGUUAUGGCAGAUGAUGAAUUACCAUCUGAUGUAAAUAAUAAAUUAGUCAUUUUAUCUCUUAAUAGUAUGAGAAGUUUAUUCAAUAAUAUUGAUAUAAUGGUUGAACAAAUGAACGAAAAUGUUAAUGUUAAUAAUGAACAAAAUAUUAAUAAUAUAAAUAUGAAUAUUAUCGAUACUGCAAGUGAAUUACCGGUAAUUGAUUAUCAUAAACAUCGUUUUUAUUUAUAUUCAUAUGAGGAUCAAACAACAACUCCUUCAAGUUGUUCAUCAAUGAAUGAUCGAAAUAAAUCAAUUGAAUCAUUAUCAUUUCAUACUAUACAAUCUUUUAAUGAUGAUAAUCAACAACAACAAAAGCAACAUGGAUUUUUUGCCAUAUUAAAACAAUUACAGUGUUUAACGUUAAAACGAAAAAAAAGUCGUCAUAAGUCUCAUAGUCAUAUUACAUUUUCAAUAUUAAAUAAACUUUUCAAAAGACAAACACCAGAGCAAUAUUAUAAUUUUAAAAAAUCACAUUCUAGUCCACAAGUUUAUUUUUCUACAAAUGAUAAUAAACUAUCGAAAAAAGUAUCAAGUUUAAAUACGUUCAAUUCGACUAGGAUUAAUAAUAAUAAUAAUAAUAAUAAUAAUACUAAUCAUAUGUCCGAUAAAACGGUCAGUGAAGAUAAUAAUACGAAUACACUAUCAUCAAUUGAAUUAAAUAAUAAAAACAACGAAUAUAUACAACAAAUUCCAACUGAUAAUUGUAUACUAUCACAUUCAUCCUCAAUGUCUCAUACACAUGAUGAAUACUCAACUAUCGAACAUGAAAUUGAAAUUACAAAUAUUACAAAAGAAGGAUGUGAAAAAGGUCAUCGAGAUCAAUUUGAUUUUCUUAUGGUGCUUGGUGCCGGGUCAUUUGGAAAAGUAUUUUUGGUACGAAAAAAUCUUGGACCCGAUCAGGGUACUCUAUAUGCAAUGAAAGUAUUGAAAAAAGCCAGUCUUAAAGUUCGUGAUCGUCAAAGAACAAAAAUGGAACGUGAUAUUCUUGCUCAAAUUCAUCAUCCAUUUAUAGUUAAAUUACAUUAUGCAUUUCAAACAGAAGGAAAAGUAUAUUUGGUGUUAGAUUUUUUACGUGGUGGUGAUUUAUUUACUCGAUUAUCUAAAGAAGUGAUGUUUACUGAACGUGAUGUGCAAUUUUAUCUAGCUGAAUUAGCAAUGGCUUUAGAUCAUCUACAUGGUUUGGGCAUUAUUUAUCGAGAUUUAAAACCGGAAAAUAUACUACUCGAUAGUGAAGGUCAUAUUGCCUUAACAGAUUUUGGCCUCAGUAAAGAAUCGAUUCAUUCUGAAGAUGCAAAAACUUAUUCAUUUUGUGGAACAGUAGAAUAUAUGGGACCAGAAGUUGUAAGCAGAAAAGGACAUUCCUACAUAGCCGAUUGGUGGAGUUUUGGUGUACUAGCUUUUGAAAUGUUAACCGGUCAUCUACCAUUCCAUGGAUCUAAUCGAAAAGACACAAUGAAUUUAAUACUAAAAGCAAAAUUAGCUAUGCCUCAAUAUCUUAGUCCAGAAGCUCAAAGUUUACUACGGUCACUAUUUAAACGUAAUCCUGUUAAUCGUCUUGGUGCUGGUGUUGAUGGUUUUGACAAUAUAAAAAAACAUCCAUUUUUUGAAACAAUUGAUUGGAUUGCGUUAUUUGAAAAACGAAUUGAACCACCAUUUAUUCCACCAAUUCAUAGUGAUUUUGCACAUCAUUUCGAUAAAGAAUUUACAAGUAAAACACCCACAGAUUCUCCGGGUGUUCCACCAUCAGCUGAUGCUCAUCGAUCAUUCGCAGGUUUUAGCUAUAUUGCUCCCGAAUUAACUGAACAACGAAUCAAUGAUCCUGUUUAUAGCGAUGAAGUUGAAAAAAGAUUAAGAAAUAUACCAGGAAUGAAAUUCCACUUAUUUACUCAAGAUUUUGAAAUAAAAGAACAAAUUGGUCAAGGACAAUUUGCCGUAUGUCAUCGUUGUCUACAUCGUUUAACAAGCGCUGAAUAUGCCGUUAAAAUAAUUUCCGAUUGUUCGACAAAUGAUCCAACUGAUGAAAUUCAAAUAUUAUUAAAUUAUACUAAUUUAUCAAACAUAAUUAGAAUUCGUGAUAUUUUUUUUAAUCCACCAAAAGUAUAUAUCGUCACAGAUUUAAUGCGUGGUGGCGAAUUAGUUGAUAAAAUCUUUCAGGAAAAAUCAUUAUCAGAAAAAGAAAGUGCAAGAAUUAUGCUUAUUAUUGUUAAAACUGUUGAAACUUUACAUCAUAAUUCCAUUGUUCAUCGUGAUUUACAACCAAGAAAUAUUAUGUAUAGUGAUCAAUCAAGACAUCCAAAAACGUUGAAAAUUGUUGAUUUUGGUUUUGCUAAACAAUUACGUGCAGAAAAUGGUCUAUUAAUGACACCAUGUUUUACAAAAGAAUUUGCCGCACCAGAAGUAUUACAAAGAAAAAAAUAUGAUGAAUCAUGUGAUAUAUGGAGUUUGGGUAUAUUACUAUAUACAAUGUUAUCUGGAACAACACCUUUUGCUUUUGAUCGAAACGAUACUCCUGAUUUAAUAUUGCAUCGUAUUACAAAUGCAAAAUUAUCUUUUAAAGGACCACAUUGGGAUAAAGUAUCACCGAAUGCAAAAACUCUAGUAUCGUCCAUGCUUGAUAUCGAUCCGAGAAAAAGGCCAACAGCCCGUGAUAUAUUAAAUCACAGCUGGCUCUCCAAUUUGGACAGAUUACCGGAUCAAAAAUUAACCAUACAAGAUUGCAAUAUUGUGCGGCACAAUUUAGAAGUCACGUUUCAUGCGAUUAAUACCAGUCCGAAUAAAUCAGUCACACUUGGGCCAAUUGACGGUUCAGGCUUAUUUAAACGUCGUACACAACGGAUGACACAGCAAGCAGAAAAAGUGAAAUAA